UUUAAUUACUACAAUUUCAACUUACCCUACACAGUGUGCAACUGGGGCUUCUUGACACUUUAGAAGCUAAGAUAAAUGUCUGUUCAAUUUUAUUUUUUAUAUUUGGGUUAAAUUUUCAUUAGCUUUUUAUUACCAAGCCCUGAGAAACAUUCACUGUCAUUUAGACUACCCAGUAACUAUUCCAAUAUUAAAACAAGAUUAAUAUAAUAAUAUGAAAAUCUAAAGAUUUGAUGUAUUAUAUUUACAAAUGUGCUUUAUUUUUUGCAGAGUCUCAUGAUGAUAAAAGUUCAAAAAUGGUUCCUAAUACUACUUUUGUCACAUAAAUAUAAACUCUGCCCACAAGGCAAGUCUUCUGCUGUUUUAUGAGCCAUCAAAGUGCUUCUUAGCACUAAGUUAACACACGGUGGUUUUAAAUGGCUUUAAAUAUAUAAAACAAGCUUUAUAGUGUGAUGUGUGCUGUUAUUGGUGCUGAUGUUGAGGGGUUGGGCUCAGUGACUCCACUGUCACAACCCAAAAGCGCACUGAUCCAUCACACAACAUCAGUUUAGGAAGAGCGAGCGGGCAAGGAUGCAGCAAAACUGGACUUUUACCCAGGGGACUGCUUAGAGAGCAGUUUUAUUAUUAUUUUCUUUUGGAUGGACAAUCACAUCCGCAACUAAUCGUGUUAGGAUAUGUGAGUGUUACAGAGGAAAGGCAUGCAGCCAGAUGAGCAGAGCUAAGAGGAUUUAAUGCAGCUGGACACGAGCCACGCUGAGUAAAGAAGAAGAUUAUAUUGUUUUAAUCAAAUGCGAAGAAGUUUUUAUUGCUGGUCACUUUGAGUUUGGACUGUCGAGGAGUGAUGUUUUUCUUCAUCUCUUUAAGCAUUACGAUAACUACACUGUAAGGAUGCUCACCGCACAGAGAUGUAUGGGUCCAACUCUACAGUAAACGGGAAUACUCACAGAAGACCUUGCCACGAGUCGACCUGAUCUUUACUAAGCCAGAUCUGGACUCAGAAAACACAUGAAGAUGUGCCAGUGUUACUCUGUCCUGCUUAUGCUCUGCUUACACAUGGUGACAUGUGGAGCAGAGCUCAGAGCAGCUGUGUCUCCUCUGGGUUGGGGAGAGAGCGAUAAGGAGGAAAGUGUCUCUCCUUACGGCUCUCGUUCAGGGAUUCUCAAAUCCCUGCGGCUUUUCUCCCACACGUCCCAAUCUAACAGCCAGAGCCGUGAAACUGCUCCGGAUCCCGGGGCACUGGAUCUGUGGGCUUGGUUAUCCAACCACACUGAUACCGAAGGAAUCCUCUCAAGGGCCAAACGUCGCCCCUAUGUGAAAACGGGCAAGUUUAAGAAGAUGUUUGGCUGGGGCGACUUCCAUUCGAACAUUAAAACGGUCAAGCUAAACCUUCUCAUUAAUGGGAAAAUCGUUGACCAUGGCAACGGAACCUUUAGCGUCUAUUUCCGCCACAACUCCACCGGUUUGGGCAACGUGUCCGUCAGCCUGGUCCCGCCCUCCAAGGCUGUCGAUUUUGAGAUCACUCAACAGGAGACCAUAGAGGUACCCAAAGACAAUAAGGCCUUCAAUUGUCGAGUGGAAUAUGAGAAGACGGACCGCAGCAAGAGGAUGUCCGUUUGCAGCGACUUCCCGAACAGGGUAUGUUUCCAGGAACAGACCCAAAGCCAUGUGUCUUGGCUUUGCUCCAAGCCAUUCAAGGUCAUCUGCAUCUACAUUGACUUCUUCAGUGCUGACUACAAGCUAGUACAGAAGGUCUGCCCAGACUACAACUACCACAGUGACACCCCCUAUACCUCUGUGGGAUAGCACAGCCUAGAUUGGGCGUGUUGAGGUAACUAAGGUGUCAUCUCAUUGUUAGAGCCUCUCUAACCUGUAGUUUCCUUCUUCUGUUCCAUAAAGAACCGGAUAAAUGGAAGCAAGGUCAGAUGAGGAAUCUCUCUUUUGAUUCUAUCUUACUUGUCCUCCUAGGGCAGUCGAUGACAGGAAUAGUUCACCCAAAAAAUAAAUUUUCCUGAGAAAAAAGUCAGUCAAACAGGUCUGGAACAAAAUGAGUACGAUUUUUAUUUUUGGGUGAAUCCGGGCUUAAGACCUGAAUUCCUGAAGGCUGAUUUGUGUGGUUGACGUUUAGAUUGGACAAGACCACCACAUCUAUGGUUUCCACAAUGACCCCCUGACCCUUUCUCAGUGACUCUUGUGAUGUCAUCAGUGUGAAGUUUUAAAAGAUCCUAAACAAAUUUCCCCAUCAACAUAAGCUGGGAUUCAAGAACAGAACAAAAAAAAUGUAAAACAUCUCGUAUUGCAGCCAUUUGUGAUGCCCUCCCUUUCAUGCCAACAUUUUUUUGUGUUCACAGAAACAUUGUCAAAAACUAAGAUUAAUGUUAAAGUCAUAAUGUGCUCCUCAGUUCUUUUGUAUUUUGUUUCAGUUAUUAAAGAAAAGACAAGUUUUAAAUUUCCAGAAUGCUCCCUUGUUAGUUCCUGUUUUGACUCAAAGACUGUCGGCAGAUUUUUGGUAUACAACUUCACAAGUUGGAUAAAAAUCCUUGCACAGAUGAUGCAAACAAACAAAAAAAGUCAGACAAAGCUUGAGCAGUCAACUCUGUACCACAUUUGUUACAAAAUCUUCUUAAAAGCUUCAGUAUCCCUCUGACACGACCAGAAAA